UCUUUAUGCAAACCAAUCGUCCAAUUGAACAUGCACACAAGCAAGCAACGCCGCAAUCCCAAAGAAACGCUCAUCUUGGCUCUAAUCAAUCGCGCAAUAAAACCACACGCGCCAAGCCGAUGCCAUGGCACAACGCCGCCCAGCCCCAGCCCAGACAGACAAGCCCCAAUCCAACCUUCCCAUGAAACUGCCCCAAGCGGCAGGCAGAGAACCUCCCCCACAAAAAACGCCAGCAACAAGGCAAAAGAUAAGCCAGAAAAGCAGCGUCACAAACGCCCGUCCGUCUGAUAAGCCAACACAACACAACGCACGCCAGGGUGCCAGGUGCAGCGCCCGUACAGCAGGGCGCACAGACCACCAACCCACAACACCACCACCAAGUCCAACCUUCCACACCACGCCUCCCACACAGCGCGCAAAAGCAAGCCCUCCGCAGCAGAAACCCGUCUCCACCCCGCACACGCCUCAAACCACAAAACCUGGAGAAGCAAAGCCAGCCAGCCCAAAGCCAACCCCACGUUACCAACGCCAACAAUCGCGCUCGCAAUCCAAUCGCGUGCUCCGCGCGCCAAGCACGCAAUGCCCACACGCGCAAUCGCCGCCGCGAUGUCGCCAUCCCGGGCCCCCAACCCCAACCCCCCGGAUCAGCUACAAUAAGGCUGCGCCAGCUGGCCUGCUCUUUUUUGGUUUUUGGUUUUUGCGUUUUGUGUUUUGUGCCGAGUCGGGCUCGCCUGCUAAAUUGCUUGCUCUUUUUCCUUCCCUUCGUUCGGUCUGCGUUCCCUCCCUCUUCGCUCGCACGCAGGCAGCUGCUUUUUAGCGACUCUUUCUUCCAGAUGCAGAUGCGAUGAGGUGGCGCUGGCCCGGGCCCGUGGCGCGAGAUGAAACAGAACGGAUCGACGGGCGGAUUUGGGGACGGGACGGGACGGGGCGGGGAGCGAGCAGACGGGACGACGGCUUUUCUUCUGCUCUCUCGUUCUCUCUCUCUUUCUCUCUUUCGCUUCUUUCAGCUCGUCUUCUUUUCUUCUUCAUCUCUCCUUCCUGGAACGGGAGGAGAUGCGGUCGAGGGAAAUGUUCUGACUGAGAGACAACACCUUACGUCCGCUCGCACACACGCUCUA